AUUAUCAGGGUUGUCAUCAACUGGUGGAUGGAAACAAAUCACUAAAACAAUCACUCAAAAGAUCAUUGAUUUCUAUAGAAUUUUUUUUUUUCUUUUUUUACUGAAGUUUGCAACACUGGGUUUUGGUGGUUCUCUCUGUCUGACUCUUGCAUUCGUCUUUCCUGAGAAAAAGUGCUUCUUUCCUGUGUUUGCUCUCUGAAGAGGAAGUGCUACUGCCUUUAUGCAGUCUGCUCUCACCGCUCUCGGUUCAGAUGUGUGAGUGAGUCGUGGCUGGUGGGGUGUUCUUUCCUCUGGAGAAAGCAUGAACGGCAGCAGUUUUUGGGCGAUAAAGCAGCAGCAGGAGGAAGAGGAGGAUGAUGGGGGUCAUGCUGGGUUAGCGGGGGCCUGUGUGAUUCUGGCUAUAUGCUUUGUACUGGGGGUUCCUGGGAAUCUGAUGGUGGUUUGGACCAUCUUAAAGCAUGUGAAGAAGCGUUCACACACUGUGAUGCUCAUCCUACACCUGGCUAUCGCUGACCUGCUGGUGCUGAUCACUCUGCCUCUGUGGAUUUACUCCCUGGCUCGUUCUUGGGUCUUCGGCGAGGUGGUCUGCAAGGCCAUGGCGUACAUCAUCAACGCCUGCAUGUACGCCAGCGUCUUCCUCAUCACCAUCAUGAGCCUGGAGCGCUUCCUGGCCGUCCGCUACCCUUUCGCCUCGGCCAGCUGGAGGAGGAAGCAGGCUCUGAGGAAGGUCCUCCUAGUGGUGUGGGUGUCCUCGUUUCUUCUGAGCAUCCCUGUGAUAGUCACCCAGGUGUUGGGCGAUGACCUGGGGGAAAAUCAGUGCCUGUAUCGUUAUUACGAGUCCACCUCACAGGAGGCUGCGAUCCUGCUUUUGGAGUCUCUGAUUGGCUUUGUGAUCCCCUUCUUCAUCCUGGUGGUCUGCUAUGGUUGCCUCUUCAGCCGCAUUGCGCAGAUGAACCUCCGGUCCAAGAAGAAGUCCACGAUGCUGAUCGCCAGCGUGGUGGUGCUGUUCGCCCUCUGCUGGAUCCCACAUCAUAUCGGAAACCUACUGUCUCUGGUGCACCUCACACUCGAGGAGAAGUCUGAGGAAGCCCAAACCCUCCAUCAUGCAGUGGAAGCCAUGACCUUUGUGGCAGGAGCUCUGGUGUUCAUCAGCAGCACAGUCAACCCCAUCCUGUACGUUUUUGCGGCGAGGAACUUCCGCAGCUCGCUGAGGGACACGGGCAUCCAGAAGCUGUUCCGCCACCUGUCCAGCACAGCCACGGGCGAGGCCAACAAAGAGCGCUCCUUCAUCUCCCGGAGGCAGAGCUCCCACACCACCACCUCUCAGUGCUGCACAGAGUCCAAAGCACAGAUCGAUCUGCUGGUGGACAUAUGCAACAAUGCUGCACACCAACAGAGUGUGUGAAGGAACUGAGUUGGACUACUAAAGUACUGAGUAUGUAAAAAGUAAUUAUAUCUAAAAUACACAGUCGAGUCAGAAUAUUAUGACUACCUCCUUGAUUCUACACUCCUUUUUCUAAGUUUUCUCAGAUCAGCUGAGCAUUUAGGAUCACUUUGUGGUGGUGUAUGAGGUGUUAGCUUGUGUUGUGAUGGUACAAGUGAGUAAACCAAACACAGCAGCAGUUAUGCUUGAGUUUUUAAACACCUCAAGCACCGCUUGACUGAGAAGAGUCAAUCAACCAGAAAUAUCCAGUCAACUCAAACAUUGAUUGGCAAGAUUGGAUCAUGUUCUCACCACAAAAACACAUCCUCAUCGACUGUCCAGCCCAUAACCAUAUAAGAAAAUUUUACUAUCAAGAAAAGAACAUAAAGAACCUUUUUCGAAAAAACCCACCAGGAAAGAUUUUAAAGUUUUUAUUGCAUCUUAACCUUAAACAUCAAAUUUGACACAUAUGUAGUGACUUAUGUAAUCUUUGAAUCAACUGUACCAUAUCUACACAUAUAAAACCAAGUGUAUGCCACAAAUAGCCAAAUUUGUGCUGGAGUGGCGAUAAAACCCUAACAACCAACCAACUUCUCACCACAAACAAACCAAAGUUAAUGCGUAGUAAAGUUCUUUAAUCUUAGUUCAGCUUCGUUUUGUGUAGAUCACCAUUAAAACCUCAGUUGUGUAGUGUGAACUGCUAAAAUCUGUCACAGAUACUUUAGAAAAAUCUUGCAGGUUUAAUAUCUAGACCAGCUGGCAACUGUCAAGUCUAUAGUCAAAUGCAGUGACUACCUACAGCCAAGAGUAUAGUGUAGAAAGAGAACCCCAUGUCAAACGUGUCGAUGUAGAUUGUGCAUGGCAUCACUAGUUCUCACGUGCAUUUUUUUUUUCAAACGUACUCGUGACUAAACACAUUUUUGGAGGGCAGCCAAAUGAGCUAAGAAGUCAUGUAAUUUGAAAACCGCAAAAACUGAAAGACUUGCGAGUACAGAACAAACAACCUGACGACUCCUGAUGAAAACAUUGUGUAAUUUGAUCCAGGCUUUACAGAUCAUGUGUAGUGGGUGUGAACAGCCCUUUCCAGUCAGUGCAUCCAUUUUUUGUAUCCAUUCCUGGUUUCUACUCUUUAAUAACCACUUCUCUGUGGUCUGUUAGAGCAGGAUAGCAAGGGAUCCUUCGGGAUGGGAUUUAGGACCAGGGUUGGAGACCCCUUAUUUAUUAAAAAGCACCUUUGUAAGAAAGUGGUCAGUACUAAACAACCUCUUAUAUCAGUAACGUCAUCAUCUCUCACACACAGAUCUUUAACACACCACUAACACUAUUAUUAAACCCAUAACCAUCCUAUUCAUCCAUCACUCCUACUUGAAUGUUCCUAUACACUCACACACAGAUUGGGCAGACUUUUCUUUAUUUACCACUGCACAAAGCAGCACUUCUCCAUCCAGCACAUCCCAAAGAUUCUCAAUGAGGUUAAGAUCUGGACUCCUUGCCGAACUCUCUUAAUCCAUGUGUGAAAAUGAUGAUCUCAUGCUCCCUGAACCCUGAACUCUUUCACAAUUCCAGACCCAUGAAUCCUGACAUUGUCAUCUUGGAAUAUGGCCGUGCCAUCAGGGAAAAAGAAAAAAUCAAAUCCAUUGAUGGAAUAACCUGGUCUAUAUUCAGUAUAUUCAGGUAUUGAGGUCAGCUGACCUCAUUCUUUCAGCACAUAGUGUUGCUGAACCUAAACCUGCAGACCAACUGCAGCAUCAACCCCACAUCAUUUAGUUAUUUUAUUCUAGGUGCUUCAGAAUCUUCCCUUGAUCAAAAAGUUUGUCACCAGAGUCCUGUGAGCACUGAUGAAGGACUAGAGGAGGAGCAACACUGUAAACUGUGCAGGAACAGAUCCAGAGCUUCUGUCUCUGACUUUACUUUAUCUGUAAGGUGUUUCAGCUGUAGGUAGGAUUGUGUAAUAGAGUGGAGGACAGUGAGUGAUUAAACACAGUGUUUAAAAACUCCAGCAGCACUGCAGCUGUGACUGAUCCAUUCGUACAAUUAGUACACUCCAGUGCUAAGAAUGUAUUACCAAGUAUAAUCCAAAAAAUACCUAUUCUAAUUAUGCAGUCUCUAAUUAUAAAUAAAUAAAAAGUGCCUUACGAUGUAUACAAUGUGCACAUACGAUUGUAGAAACGAAAAAAGGUGUUCAUAAUAUUGUGGCUUAACUGUGUAUAUGGUAUGUACAUUAUAUAUAUAUAUUUCUUUAUAGACAUAUUGUAAGCCUUGGAUUGGACUGAAGAAGGAUUUACGAGGAGAACAUGCAGAAUCAAAUUGGUGCAAGUAAAACUUCUUCUGUUGUUUUGUUUGGAAUAAGUAAAGUUUUUUAGAUGUUUGAAACGUGUGUAUCCUGAAGAGGAUAAAGUGUGUGUAUAUAUUUUUGUCGUCACGUGUAGGAAGUGAAGUAUAAUCUUGUCUAGCCUGUGGAACUGCAGUGAUGUUUAUUCCACAGAAAAAGAGCUUUGUUUGAUGUUCUGUUUUAAAGGUUUAAUAAAUGUUAUCAUAUUUAA